CUAUCAUCUCGUCAUGGCUGACACGCGCUGGCCAGGCUGUGCAAGGAGUUUGAAAGGAGUCAUAUUGGACAUGUGUGGCGUGUUGUAUGACAGCGGGGAAGGAGACGGUGUUGCUAUAUCUGGUUCGAUUGAAGCUGUGAAAAAGCUCAAGGCUUCUGGUCUGCAGCUGCGCUUCUGCACCAAUGAGACCCAGGCCACCAGAGAGAAGUUUGUAGCCAAGCUGCAGAGGCUGGGCUUUGACAUAUCCGUGUCUGAAGUCUUCUCUCCAGCUCCUGCAGUCGUAGCUGUCCUAAAAGAGAGAGGUCUACGGCCUCACCUGCUGGUGUAUGAUGCUCUUCUCCCAGAGUUUGACGCCGUUGACAAGACCAACCCGAACUGCGUUGUGAUUGGAGAUGCAGCUGAGAAGUUUUCCUACCAGAACCUGAAUGAUGCAUUCAGGGUCCUUAUAGGCCUGGAGAAGCCGGUGCUGUUCUCCCUGGGCCAAGGGAGGUACUACAAGGAGACAGAUGGUUUGAAACUCGAUGUCGGGGUGUACAUGAAGGCUCUGGAGUACGCCUGUGAUCUAACGGCUGAAGUCGUCGGGAAGCCAUCCCCAGCAUUUUUCCAGAGUGUUCUCAAUGACAUGGGGCUUCAACCACACGAGGCCCUGAUGGUCGGGGAUGAUCUGGUUAAUGAUGUGGGUGGAGCCCAACACUGUGGCAUGAAAGGUGUACAAGUCCGGACUGGCAAAUACAGGCCCAGUGACGAGAGGCACUCAACGGUGACUGCUGACGGCACGGUGGACAACCUGGCCCAGGCUGUGGACAUGAUCCUCAAUCAGAGGCACUGAGAGCAAGGCAGCAGACAUCUCUCCGUUUACUGUGACUGUAGGUGAUACAGGUGCCCAAUAGUAUUUUUAUAUCACUCUUAAAGGAGCUUUAUAUGAUAUUCAGAGCAUAAAUAUAGCAGCAAACAACUGCUUGCUAUAUAAAGAAACAGUGGAGUAAUGGCGUCCUGAGCAGAGAAUUAAGUAACGCCGCCUCUGCGUGUGUUGUAAUCUGAGCUUUUCUGUUGUUUAUUGUGGUAGACAGUUCAUCUAUGUGUGCAUGUGAGUCUCGUAGGUGUAUCUCGCUGACUUGCUAACUAUAGAAGAAUAGCGCCCACCCUCCGUGUCCUCCCCACUUAAGACCAUUAGCUCUGUCAGCACUGUUGCCAUUUCAAUAUGUGCGCGGCGAGAGAGCAGAGGGAGAGACAGGGAUGCCGCGCUGCUCGCAGUCUCUGACAUUUAGUUUAUCGUAUAUUUAGUUUUUUUGUUGCUGUAUGUAACAGUUGUGUCAACAAAUCAAAAUAUUACUAAUAUCACAAUAUGAUUUUUUUAUUAUCAUAUCAAAACCUCUGAGUCAUUGAUACACUCUGAAUAUCGUAUAGAGCUCCUUUAAGUGCUGUUUCUAGUAGGAAGGGUAUACUGCAUCGGGGUAUUUUAGGUCAACAUGUCAAAGCAGUGCAAAACUAAAAUAUCAUCCAAAUACUGUGUAUCCGUUAACUGUCAUUUUACCGUCACACAUGGGAAACACCCACCAUCUGGUGCUCCACAUAGUGAGAAACAAACUAGAAUACAAUUUGCAGAACCAUUAUCUAAGUCUACACUAGAUAAGCUGUAGGGCUGUACUGUGCAUUUGUCAGUACAUGAUUGCCAUAGAUAAGAUACCUCAAGCUGACAGGACUGUGCCUGUAACCAGCUGCUGACUGACGGUUAGAAAGGUGAAGUAGCACUGUGUGUUCAGAGUUCUUUGCUAAUGUUUCACACUCAAAUUCUUCAAAGAGCUAAGUGAGGACAGGUUAAACUGGAAAUGCACAAAUGAAAAGGCGCUGUAGUUUAAUUUAACAUACAUCAAUUAAUAUAAGUAUCCUAUUAAUAGAAAGUAAUUUUUUUGCUCACUUUCUCUUUACACAAAACAUGUACAACCUUCAUAAAACAGCAGGGAGUAGUCAGUAAUAUAAAUAAAACUCUUUUACUAGCUGUUGAAAACAUUCGUCUCCCUGAAUUUCACAUAACUUGUUUUUAUAAAGAAAGGGUUCAAGGUCUCAAAGCACUGGGGAAAACGUAGCCUUGGCUCUGGUUUAAACUGGAUUUUAUAUUGGAGCCGCUUUAUGUUUUACAAAAACAAAUGGCUGGAAAUGGGAAGUGAGCUGGUCUCGCAAGAUGAUAAAUGCAGAACCCAGCCGAGUGUGAUGAAUUACACUGUUGCAUGAGCUCAUGUUUCCCUCUCUGUAAACAAAAAUGAAAUGAGCGCUCCAUCAUCGGACUGAAGAAUCACAAAUCUACAACCGCUUAUCUUUAUUUACUUGACUGUAAGCCGCCUCUGCCAGGGGAUCGCCCCGUUAAUGUUGUUAAUUGCCGCUCAUUAGACAUCCGCCGUCUAUAGUGAGGUUAAAUAAAAUGAUGAGAGGGAAAAAGAUGGUUAUUGGGCGUUUGUGUGCCAGCUGGAUCAUGGAGGGCCUCUGGAAGUGGGGCGUAAAACAAACGAUUCUCCAUCGCUGCCCCCGAGGUUUCAGCGCACAGAAUAGAUUCAACAAGAACAAAAGCCCAUUGCCAAGUGAUUCAUUGAGGUCCUUCUGGUUCACUUCACCAUUCGCUGACACAAGCUUGAAUGUUAUUGGGCAAUUAAAGGUAAUGAAAUGCUACGAAGGAUUAUGAAACUGCGCCUGAGCCGGGCGUGCCACUUCUAUAUCUGAUUGGGAAAUAAAUAUAAAUGCGCACGGCAAACUACUAGCAGCUGGUACCCAGUUUUCUAACAGCUUCCACAUUGUUUGACUCAGUGUUUUGUCCAUUAUGCUCCCGCCCGUUGGCCUUGUAUGGAGCUAUUAAACAUGUAUUUGACUGCUCUCGAAUGAA